AUGUUCUCAGAGCGCACGUACAACCUCGGGUGGACUCUUGGUAGCAACGAGGAUGGUAAAGGCCGGUCUGGUGAGGUCUCGGAAGGAAAUGAGAACCAUCUUGGUGUACCCUGGAGGAAAGACGACCCUUGCCAUGAAGCGGCAGAGACCUUGUGUAAGCAAGGAGUUUUGACCGCCUUCAAAGGGAUUUUUCCAGAGCGAUUCAUCACUUUCCAGAAGUGCAAAUCACAGUUACAUUUAUUCAAAAAAUGUUUACUGAGCACCUGCCAUGCGCCCGGAGAAAGACACAAUGCUCGGCCUCAAGGGGCUCUGCUCAACAAGGAAGACCCACGGUCUGGCCACCAGCGGCAGUGCCAAACGGUGCAGUCAAAGUAUUUACAUAACGCCAUGGGGAAGGGAGAAAGCCAACAUUUGGAAGCUGUGACGAACUCGGAAGUCGUGCCUCUGGUCGCGCGGUCCUCCGGCCUAGGGAGCAGACACUUGCAUCGGAAUCUACUCGCUUCCCUCGGCCCCAUCGAUUUGACCACGCCCAGAAGGGACCCAAGGGACCGAGCAGCAGCAUUUGGCAUCAACAGCAUUUUGUAUCAGCGUGGCGUAUAUCCAUCUGAAACCUUUACUCGAGUGCAGAAAUAUGGACUCACCUUGCUUGUAACUACUGAUCCUGAGCUCAUGAAAUACCUGAAUAAUGUGGUGGAACAACUAAAAGAUUGGUUAUACAAGUGUUCAGUUCAGAAACUGGUGGUAGUCAUCUCAAACAUUGAAAGUGGCGAGGUCCUGGAAAGAUGGCAGUUUGAUAUUGAGUGUGACAAGACUGCCAAAGAUGAUAGCACACCCAGAGAAAAGUCUCAGAAGGCUAUCCAAGAUGAAAUCCGCUCAGUGAUCAGACAGAUCACAGCUACUGUCACAUUCCUGCCACUGCUGGAAGUGUCCUGUUCAUUUGAUCUACUGAUAUAUACAGACAAGGAUCUGGUGGUACCUGAGAAAUGGGAAGAGUCGGGGCCACAGUUCAUUGCCAAUUCUGAGCAAGUCCGUCUCCGUUCCUUCACUACUACAGUCCACAAAGUGAAUAGCUCGGUGGCCUACAAAAUCCCUGUCAACGACUGAAGAUGAGAUGAGACCGAUGAUGUGAUUCUCAAACGUGCUUUUCCUGAAGCCACGUCAACAGUUCAUGUGUUUUAUUUCAUUGGUUAAUUUUUAGAUGGAGAAAUUUAACAUACUUUACUGAGCUAUG